AUGGACAAUUUAUAUUUGCAAAUGCACUAAUAACCAAUAAAGUGGAACAACCAAUCCAGAAGCACUUGCUCAUCAAAAGAAUAGAACAGCAAAGAAUUUGAUUGGAAUGAUAUCGAAUGUCUCUAUUAGCAGUGUUAACAAUAGGAUCAAGCCUCAAACGUGACCAACAUAAUCAAAAGCAGCCAAGAUUCGGAGUUUAACCUCAAAAUGAAUCAAUUAGUAAGAACAAACAAUCAAAGUAGUCAAAGUGAAGUUAAUGAAAAUUAAGCCACUCUAGAAAUCAACGAAGACGAGAAGGAAAAAUGUAAUGUUUAACCCCAGAAAAUUGCAUUUAAACGCAGCAACUCAUCCUACAAAGAACAUACGAAAUCAUUCUCAUAGGUGAUUCUGGAACAAGAGAAGUUUAAAAGAUAUCGUAAUAACAAAAGAAGUGCCAAAACACUUGUAUUGAUUUCUUCUAAGAGAUCAUUAAUGACACCUUUGUUUAGAACUAACGAAAAUAAAAAUGUCAUUACAGUAUCCAUUAACUACUUAAACUCACGAUACUCUAAGACUCUCUUUGUCAAUAAGGAAAUCUUGGCCUGUGAACUAAUAGUUCUUGCUCUUCAGGAAUACAAGAGAACUGCAGAAUUUGAUUAGAACUUAUUAAAAUACUCAAACUUCUCAUUGGCUUAUCAACUGACAAGCUUCGAUGAUUAUUGCGAUUUUUCAGCCCAACCAUCAUUUAAAGAUAGUAUUGUUAAUAAUUAGAUUAUGAAAUAGAACGAUGGCCAGUAAUAUUAAUAUAUCACUGAUAACGUUGGAAUGAAUAUGAACAGGGAGUACUUUAAUUUGGAAUUAAAUUCUAAAAUCAAUUUCAAAUGGCUCACUCUAUAAAUAUUAGACACUUCAACUUUUGGCAUUGAUUUAUCUACCAUCGAAAUAACUCAGAAGACGUAUCCAACUUAAAUAAUUUUAUUAAUAGAAGACACCUAAAAUGAAAUAUUUUACAAUUUAAAAUUUCAAGAAAACACAACCAUUUUGGAUAUCUACAAAUAACUAUAAAAGAGAAACAAUUUUAAGUAUAAUCAAAGCGAAUGCGUCUUCCUACUAAAAUACCCCUGUGUUAAUGUCAAUAAUUAAGAACCAUUAGAUAUUAAAUUCCCCAUCUCCUUACUUCCAAUUCAUUGGUUGAUUAUUUAAUACAAGACUUCCUCAGAUCAUCUCAAUGAUCCUAACAGUAAUUAUGGAUUCAAAAAAUCCUCAAUGAUGUCAAUAGCCUCCUCCAUAAUCUAAAAAGAUGACUAGCUUGAUCAAAAAGCUCUCUAGAUGUUCAACUAUUAAGAAUAUAAGUUAUUAAAAAUAGAAAACAAUGGAUUAAUAAGUGAAGUCAUUAUUGGAAUAGACUUUUUUGAUUUCUAUUACUACUACGCCACCAAAAAACAAUAAAAAUAUUCUUUCUACAAGUUAACAAAAUGGGUGGUUCAAUUCUUAUUGCAACAUCAUUUUUCUGGGCAAUCUAAAGAUUAUAAAAGAAUUCCAAUUUCCUCCAUCCUCAAGGUUGGAGUGAAAGAUAAUGAAUUACUCAUAAUUAAAUAUCUUAAGGACGAUGAAAAGACAAAAAUAAUAAAAUUCAUGUUUCCCAAAGAAAAUUAAGAAGCCGACAAAAUAAAAGUAAAAGAGGAGUCAUAAAAAUUAAAGCGUAUUAUUGAAAAGCUGUAAUUCAUAAUUUAAGAGAGAAGGAAAAAUAAUCACUAAUUAUGA